GUGGGGUGGAAAAGGAAAGGACACUGCAGCCCUGUGGGUCCGGUAUCUGCGUUUCCAUAGCAACACAUAUUACAUUACGUGGGAGGCGUUCAGGUAGUGGACUUUACACAGAGGUGGAGGGACAGGUGACGCACACCAACUCUUCUUCCUGGAAAGAAACACAGCAACUGCAAACCAUAAAAAUGGCCAAAUUCUUCACACCAGUUCAAAUCAACGAGUUCAAAGAGUGCUUCUCCUUGUACGACAAGAAACGAAAGGGCAAGAUUGUCGUCAAAGACCUGAUCACAGUGAUGCGCUGCCUGGGUACCAGCCCCACGUUCGGAGAAAUCGAAAGACAUCUACAGGUUCACAAAAUCGAAAAGGCCGGUGAGCUGGACUUCUCCACGUUUCUGACGAUGAUGCACAGACAGAUGCAGCAGGAAGACCCCAAGACCGAAAUCCUGGAGGCUUUGAGGAUGACGGACAAACAGAAGAAAGGUUACAUCCAGGCGUCUGAGCUGCGGGCCAAGCUCACCAUGCUGGGGGAGAAACUCACAAACAAAGAAGUGGAUGAGCUCUUCAAAGAGGCGAACGUCAAGUCAAGCGGGACCGUCAACUAUGAAGAAUUCACGCACAUGGUGACGCUGCCACCGGUCGAUUACUGACUUUCCAAGUUGACUUCGCACACAUUUAACUUGACGGUUUUUGCAGAAAUCACGUGAUGUUUGAAACGGGCGAUUCUGUCCCGGCUGAAGACAUCCUUCCCGUUGUUUUUUUCUUUCCCCAUGAUUAUUCCACGAUUCUUUAAUUAAACCGCUUUCAGAAGCUUUUCCUCUAUGACUGAACACAUUGUGAAGCAAUAUAGGAUAUUAUUUGCCAUGCUAUCUGUUGAUGGGAUCACAUUAAUGUGUUAAGCCGCCACCCAAUAAAAUGCAAUGUAGAUUGUCAACUGCCAACACAUUAAACUUGUGUAAUUAAA